CGAGUCGCAUUGCUUAACAUGAUUUAUAGUUGCAUUCGACCAAUGUAUAUCUUGCAUUCAAUCAAUUGAUUUAUAAGUCGACUGACGUGAUUUAUAGUCGUAAUACAAAUUUAUAUUAUUUCAACAAAUGUGAUUUAUAAGUCACAUUCUUUGAUUGCUAGCUCCGAUUUAUUAUCUGUUGCGAUUAUAUGUCUGCAUUCAGCUGUUACAAUUUAUGUGGCAUUUGAGCAAUGAUUUAUAAGUCGCCAUUAACGAAUGUGACGUAUAAAUUGAGCAAUUUAUAAUCUGCUUUCUGAAAUGAUGUAUAGACUUUUUCCCACUCCACCUUCGCUAUUUGUGAAGUAAAUCGGUGUUGGGUUGAAUCGAUCUAGGGCGGAAAAAUGAAGCAGUACACAAACGUCCUCGACAGAUCCCUCAGCAAGGGCAAGCAAGAGGUACCCUUCCUUACAUCUUUGAGCAAUAAAGUUUUCUUUCACUAAAAGUAGUUUGUUUGUAGAGAAGUGAUUUGAUUCUUUGCAGGUGAGUUUGAGUGGUUUUGCAUUCUUGUUUUCUGAGAUUGUUCAGUACAAUCAAACCCAAGUUGACAAUAUUACUUAAUUGGAGACUAGGUACCCACCCAAUCGCUCUUUCUACUGCUCCCAUUACUACUUUUCUCUUAAUUCCUAAAUGUUUGCCCUUCUCCUUUUAAAACAUUAAAAAAAAAAAAAAAAAAGUUAGAGGGCGCUGGCUAUGCUGUUGGAGCACGGAUUCUAGAACUCCUCUGCCACAGGUAAAAGGUACUGUAAUUCCUGACCUGCUGCUUUUAAUCUUGAUUGGGGGGAAUUAAAUGGUUUAGGAAUGGGAGCGAGCAAGAGAUAUGGUCUCUUAUUAGCUUGGAAUGAAAAGAACAACAAAUAUUACAGCUGAUCACUUUCCCAACAUAUCUGUAUGCAACUAUCCUUCAUACUCUUUCGCUGAAAUGGCUUCUUCAAAACAAUGCACUGAAAAACAGCUUGACUAUAGUGAAUUUAUCUUGUCACCCAUGACUAGGUCUCUAAAAGAAAUGAGAAUAUGUUCUGUUAAGCACAUAUUUUAUUCUACGGAAAAGGGCCUAAAAUGCCCAUUUACUAUAUGAAAUAGGACAGGCUAGCCCUUCGUUAAAAGUUGGUCUCUAUUCUGCCAUUGCCGUCAACAAAUGGGCUCGUAUAUGCCCUCCAUCACUAACGGGAGACUCAUAAAGCCACGUGGAAUAUAUGUGAGAGCAAGUUAGACCUAGUUCGAAUUGUACAUGGGCAUAUAUGAGUCAGUUAUAAUAGUCAUUUCUCAAACACUUCACAACUCCAUAUCAGUUUACUUAGACACCUAUUUGACAACACCAAACUAAUUAUCACAACAAAUAAACUAAGUCAUAGACACAAGCAUUCAAAUGAAAGGCAAUGACUUCAUUAAAUCCUAGUAGCUCAAAGGGGUUGAAUCAUAACAAAAGACAACAAAAGACAAUGUCGGAAUGUUCUAGUAGCUCAAAUGGGUCGAAUAGGAGGUGUCAUUGCGGACUUGCUGCCAAUUAUUUCAUGGCAUGGACUCCUUUAAAUGCUGGGAGAAAGUUUUUCAAGUGCCCGCAGCAUGAGGAUGAAAAAUAUUCCUAUUGGGAAUGGCAAGAUGUAGAGCUUCCUCCUAGAGUUUCAAAUCUCAUAUGCAGUUUAAAGAAGGAAAAGGAAGCUCUAAUCCGUGAAAGAAAUGCUCUCCAAAGGAAAAUUUGAUCUUGAGAAUGUUAUGAUGCUCGUCGAUCAUGGAGGAAUAGAAGCCUUGGAAUUGGAAAUAAAUGUUCUAAUGAAGAAAGUGACCGAUUUAGAGUACUCAGUUGUGCUUGAUGCUAAAUUUCGGAAGAUGUGGAUUUUCAUGUGUGUGAUAUUGGGAUGUUUUGUUAUGUUCUUUGGAUCAGUGGGAAAUGAUAUGUAAUGUUAGUGUUAUUGUGGCUUAAUUAUUGUCUUUUAUUAUGUAAUGAAGCAUUAUAUUUUUGUA